AUGAAGAUUGGCAAGGCCCCGGCACUCCUGAAGAAGGCCGUGAGCAUGUGCAAGAGCAAGACCAGCGUGCUAGCGGCAAGGCUCCUCGUCCUCGCAUCGUUCCACCGCAGGAUGGUCAUGGCCGGUGUGAUCUCUAACAAGAUCCAGUCGCUGAUGGUGGCUGCCGACCGGGUGAUGGUGAGAGUGGAUAGCUGUCACAAGGCUCUUGUACUGCGGAAGGCCGAGAAGUCGCUGGCGAUCUAUGGGGGUCAGAUUGUUGAUGAUCUCUCUCAUCAAAUCAAACUGUUCGACCAAGAAGAAAAUUGUGAUGGUGGCUGCCCUGACUGGACAUUGCACUCCAUCUUCAACGAUGACGACAAUUGUUCCUACAUUGAUGAGUACGAGGGGGAUGAUCAUGAGCUGUCGGCGAUGGAUGUAAUCAGCAGCAAUCGAGAUGUAGAGAGGUUGGAGUAUAACAAGGAAGACGACAUCGACCAGGCUGCCGAAAUAUUCAUCAGGAGAUUUCGAGAGCAGAUGAACAAAAGCUUUUAG